UUUACAAAAGUAAAAAAGUCCCACAUCGAAAUUACGAAGAAUCAACUAGUGAAGUCAUCUCUAUAAAUACUAUUACAAACUGUGUUGUGGACAUUCAUAUAAAAUUCGAUGAAUCUAAAGUCGAAUCCUUUGAAACCUAGUAAAAUUUUGUAAACAAAUCAGCUAGUUGGCCAAUUGUUGAUUCUAAGUGCUUAAUUGCUUUAGGCGGCUGAUAAACCAGUCCAACAAUUAAUGCAUGAUUUAAGUGUCUAAUGGUUUAAAGAGGUCGCAGUAGAUAUUCUGACCGCCUAAUCGGAUAGGCGGUCGGAAUUUAAAUUCCAGGUGCGUUUUUCUUCUUCUUCUUUUUAUAUUGUCGUUGUUUGAUUCUUAGUCAUCCAUGGGCUUUUAUUUCUUCUUCUUCUUCUUUUUUUUUAUUAUUGUUGCUUGAUUCUUUGCCAUCCAUGAGAUUUUAGUUAUUCUUCUUCUUCUUUUUAUAUUGUUUUUUUCUUUUUUUUUUGCUUUUAAUCUUUUGAUAUUGUUGCUUGUUCAUCCAUGUGCUUUUAGGUAUUUUCUUUCACUAUACUACUUGAUUGAAAUUUGGAUUAGGGCUGGUCGUAAUUUAUAUGUGUUUGUAUCUCUUAGUUUGAUGCAAGCUAUGUGUCCCUAUCUCUUCGAACUUAGAUGGUUAUUUCUGAAACUUCUAAAAUUUAAAAUGUAGAUCAUAGUUGUGUGAAGAAAGAGAAAUGGUGGGUAGAGAGAAGAAAACCAAACAAGUCUCAACAUUGGAAGAUAAGAUAAGCCAGUUACCUGAACAUUUGAUUUCUAAAAUACUUUUUCAUCUCUCUACCAAGGACGAUGUAAGAACAAGUGUUUUGUCCACCAAAUGGAGAUAUCUUUGGCAACAGGUUCCUGGAUUGGACUUAGACUCCUACGCAUUCUCAAAUUUCUAUAAAUUUGUGAGGUUUGUUGAAAGUUUUAUUUAUUCAAACAAUGAGUCAUGGAUACGCAAACUCCGGUUAUAUAUUAGUCAUGAUCAUGGUAUGUGUGAUAUCUCGUCAUGGAUUGAUGCUGUGGCUAGGCGUAGGAUUCAUCAUAUCGAUCUUAGUUUCGAUCUCACUUAUCAACCUGAUAAGAUACCACCCUUGACCUUGAGGUUAUAUACCUGCGAGACACUGGUACACUUACGACUCUAUGGAGCCACCUUAGUAGAUGCCGAGUUUGUUGCCUUACCUUGUCUUAAGAUCCUCCAUUUAGAAUAUGUUAGUUAUCCCAAUGAGUCCACUUUGGAGAAACUUAUAUCAGGCUCCCCAGUUCUAAAAGAUUUAACCAUCAUUAGAUAUCUAGCAUAUAAUGCCAAGGUUUUACGAGUGCGCUCUCAGACGGUAAAGAAAAUCCACAUUGAUCACUCAAGAGUUGUAAUUGAUGCUCCUUUACUUCAGUCCUUGAGGACUAAGAUUUACAAAACAAAGAACUUUGAGAUCAUUAAUUUGGGUUUUUUUACCAAACUAGAUAUUGAUGUUGUCUUUAUAAGCCAUAGGACAUACUAUAGUAGCAUGAUUCAUGACAUCAUCACCGACAUAUCCAUGGUCAAGGAGCUAGUAAUUAAUAAUGGUAUUUGGAAGGAUAUCUUUCUAUACUCGAAAUCGGGACCGGUGCAACAGUUUCGAAACCUAUCCAGCUUGAAUGCUGGAUUUACUAAAACUGAUCUUGAAUUAUUGCCACUCAUUCUUGAGAGUUGCCCAAAACUAGAAUCUCUCACAUUGGAAUUGGUCGAGGAUCAAUACAUGCGUUGUGAGAAGAACAAAGAACCAAAUGUGAUGUUUUCAACAGUGCCUCAGUGUUUGGUAUCAUCGCUCAAGUUUGUGGAACUGAAACGUUCUAUCCCAAUGUAUGAAGGAGAAAUGGAGCUAGUAAGAUACUUGCUGAAGAAUUCAACAAUCCUGAAGAAACUAAGGCUUGAUCUUUACUAUUCCCAAAGGGCAAUGGGUGACUUCCUGAAAGAGCUCUUUGCGAUGCCAAAAUGCUCUACCGGUUGUGAAGUCCUUGUUCUUUAAUUACUAAAAGAUAUUGCUGAAUAUUUUUAGUCGAGUGUUAACCUUUUGGUCGUUACAUUGUUUUUUUUUUUAUGGAGGAUAUUUCACUUGGAGCCACAGGUAACUAUUGCCGUUAACUCCUUUUGUUGUUUUUUCUUGGUAUGAGUUAACUAUUGUACUUAUGUUACUUGGUGGUUGCUUUUUAUGUUACUUGGUGGUUGCUGUUAUUUCAUGAGAAUUUUUUA